AAUUAGGGUGUUGGCUGUUCGGUGAAGGGUGGAGUGUUUUCACACACAUAAUUUCAGUCACGUUGUUUUUUGCGACAUCUUUACCUUCGAAAUUUUACACUUUGUUAUUAUUUUACUUUUCUUUUCUUCUUCUCUUUCCAUUAUUUUUAUUGUCCUCAUCUGCUCCGUUUUUUUUCUUCCUCUGAUUUUAUCUUUAAAAGUAAAAUAUUUUUCUCAUUGUUUUCUUCUUUUUAUUCCUUCUUUUUUCUGAUUCCCUCCACAGGCUCCACUGGCAAACGAUUUCUGUGGUUUUAUACGAUCUUAAUAAUGUCAGUCUAAUUUUUAAACAAACCACAAUGUCUUAAUAAUGUCAGUCUAAUUUUUAAACAAACCACAAUGUUUUCAGAUUAAGCUACUUCUGAUUAUAUUCUGUUUUGCUUCACGGAAAAUCGUUUAAUUCGAAUGUUUCCAGGAAAUUAGCCAUCUUUCAAAACGCACCUCACCCUGGAAAUGCUUUUUGACCCUUGAACUCUCCUAGGUUCCGUUGACAAGGGGGCGUUGACUGUAAUGGUGUAAACAGACAGCAGUCAGGCUCAAGUACAGUAAAUGGUCUAUUAAUGUAGUCAAAGAACAAAUAUUGUCUUUAAGACAAUAACAACUAUAAACUACGGGACUUAAGUCAUAUUAUCCAUGUUUGUUAUUGUGACAAUUCGUACGAUAUUUACGCGACAUCUUGUAUUGAUUCUUGUAUACAACUGAUGAGACAGAACUGAAGUGGAAUAUCUAGGGCUUGGAUUUAUUAUCGCAUUCACUGGAUAAACAUGUGUCCGCUGAGUAAUAAUUUUCACAGCAUGCCAGACUCGCGGCAUGCAAUUUCGAUGGCUGAUGAGGCAAGGUCCAUCAAGUUCUGGCAGGCCGUAGCCGCUGAGUUCGUCGGCAUGUUUUUCUUCAUCUUCAUCGGGCUUAGUUCGACAUCGGGUUGGAAUGCCCCAUACAUCCCCAGCCAGGUGCAGAUCGCCCUUGCUUUUGGUCUUGGACUGGCUACAUUUAUCCACGUUACCGCUCAUAUCAGCGGUGGUCAUCUCAAUCCUGCCGUGUCACUUGCUUUCUUGCUGCUUCACCGGAUCACCCCCUUACGAUGUGUAGCCUACUCACUAGCCCAGGUGAUCGGGGCUAUCGCCGCUGCUGGUAUGGUCAAAGUGAUUACACCUGCUGACAUCAAUGACACCAUCGGACCUACUACACCUGGACCAGAUGUCACAGAAUGGCAAGCUUUCCUCAUGGAACUUUUUCUCACCUAUCAACUGGUUCUUGUCAUCUUUGCUACGGUGGACAAGAGUCGUCCGAGUCCCGGAGGAUCGAGUCCACUGGCCAUCGGGAUCUCUGUUCUGGUUGCACAUCUAUGUGCUCACCAUUUCCUGAACAUGUUCUCUUUCAAAUCUGAUCUGAGCCCAAGUAUUUUCACUGAUUUAAUCAUGUUCAGAGUGUGAUCCGCAAGUGUUACCAUUAAAGGUAAUAUAAAGUUUUGGUAUGGGG